AUGUGCAACUUCCAUACUGACGAUGCGUUUGCAGAUGGACUCAUGGUUUGGGCUAUCGAUCAAGUCGACCAGAACGACAAAAGCCUGAAUUACCCCGACGAAUGGACCGAAGACGACAUUGCAGCAGCCGAGAUUUUCAUCCAAGACGAAGCCGCCCAGGGCGUUUGCUACACGACGCCAUGCGGCGAGAAAUGCGCGUCAGGAGAAUACGAGGCUUCGCAAACGAACGGCCAACCCGGGACGCUUUCAACAAUGGACCGUUGUGGCAAAGGACAGUUCCGUCGGCUGUGCUGCGCCAAAGGCACUAAUAUGGGCAAGUGCCGAUGGCGCGGCUACCGUGGUCUUGGCCUGAGCUGCACUGGUGGCUGUGCCAAAGAUGAAACGGAGAUCACGCAGAACACCAAUCACCACUCGAGCACCGAGGAUCAGACAUGCUCUGGAGGAACACAGAGUUACUGCUGUGCUGGCUUCAAGCCCCCUAUUACUAAAGAGCAGGUCGAAGAUGAGGUCAAGGACAAGGCCAAAGAGGCCGCUUUGGAAGCAGCCGAAGCGUUAGCCUUGGAGGUCGCUGCCACGGCCUUUUGCAGAAUUGCCAUCACGGCCGCCUUGACACCGCUUACCUUUAUCCCCCUUAUUGGAUGGAUCAUACGACUCGCCGUCCAAGCCGCCGUUCCAGCUCUUGCUAAAGUUUGCGCCAAGGGCAUUGCAAAAGCAGGCAAAUCCGUCUUCAAGUUCCGCGGAAAGGAUUACGAUGUGAAGCUCGACAAACCGUUGACUUCCAAAAAGGACCGCGAUCCACCCGCCACCUUCACGAAACCUGCGGCAAGGUGCUCCAAGGUCGACCCCAAGCUCGCGGAACGUGCCCGCCCAUUAAGACCCUUAACAAAGAUCAACAGAAUACAGGGAGAUCCUCAUGAAGAUAUCAAGGUUAGGACUUGUAUCUACAGUGAAGACAGCGGGGAGAUUUCCAUGGGCCAGGCUUGUCUGCACCACAGUUCUGUUAUAAGCCGUCGACCUGCUCUCAGAAGAUUGACGUGCGAUGGUAAAGAUGGCAUUAACAUUCGCGAGGUUAAAGAUUCUUAUUACACCCAACACAAGACCGAGUGGAUCAAGGGUCACAUGCAAGGUGACCCAAACCUGUCCUGCCAGCGGGACGAAUUCCCACCCGCCGUGAUUUGGCAAGCUCGCGAUAGAAAUGUGUGGAUUCGCCUCAUUCCCUCUGGGCAAAACGGCGACGCCGGGCACCUGUUCAGCCGUAUCUGCGACGACAAAGUGGCUACUAAGACGGUAAAGAGCCUGGUUGAAAAAGUCAAGUGUGAUAAUGGCAAAGUCGUCGAGAAAUGGGACCACACGGAGUACGCACAGCUCCAGAUUUUCAGCCUGGAAUUCUCAAACAUGCCGAGAGAUAUUGUCGAUCAAGGGAUCACGGCCAACCCGUGCUGGCCUAAGGACCUCGUGGACGACCCGGGUUUCGCUCUCAUGACCAACGAUCCUUGGUACGAUCGUGCAGCCAACCGUCCCCGCAAGAGACAUACGGCAAACUACGGAAACCCAGACUAUGCUGGCCUGGGCUACCCUCCGGGGCCCCCCGCCGUCAAGAUGAAGCGAGGCCUCGGCUUCAGCCCCGAAGACCUCUACGUCGACGAAGGAAACUCGUCUCGCCUACCCACCGAAGAAGAGCUGCGCACCGAAUUCGGUCUCGUGCGCUGUCAAGGCGAAGACUGCGAGCCCGAGAUGAAGCAACUUGGUUUCGCCUCUCUGCCCAUUAUCCCAAACUCGUUUGUCUGGCCACCCAAGUCUCACGAGCCGAGUACUACGCUGGCGGCUACGCCAACAAUCACCGUGGCUGCUACUGCGUCUGCGUAUGCGCCAACGACUACGAGCACGGUUGUUCAGGCUGUUACGCAGGUUCUUUCUGCGGCGCGCGAGUUGAUUACCGAGUCGGUAGAGUAUGCGUUCUAUGAUGAGGAGGACUAG